AUGGGUUACGCACAAUGGGUCGUGAUCAAUCUCAUCAACAGCAUGUCUUCGAGCACGCUGAGUAUCUCCAAUGCCAUUCCUGACGCUGACAAGAAAGAAGGCUGGGGCAAAUUCUAUCGGGACGGGAACAAAGAUGAAGAAAUCAAAGUUUCUGAGAUAAACAGAAUCAAGGUGCCUCCGGGCGGUACGAAAGCUAUCAGCUCGUGUGGUCGAGAGAAUUCGAUGUCUGGAACGACCGGACAUAUUGACCUAUAUGAUGGCGAAACCAAGAUUUGCAGAGUCUAUUGGGACUGUCCCUACGGUAGCAAGUCCAAUGACUUUGGUACCUCGGAGCGGAGCCAUGGUUACUGGGUUCAGCAGGGAUCCUGGAACAGAGACUCCGGAGCUAUUGGCUCCGUCGAUGUUGAGGUUGGAAAGAAGGGCUAA